AUGCUGAGGUCAAGUAGACUAAUAACACGAGCAGCGCGGGGAACGUGGUCGACUCCGUUCGUCGCCACCAGAGACUUUGCCUUCAUGGAGAAGAUCGCCCGUGAUUUUGCGAUUGUUCUUGGUAGGUUUGCGUUUUAUGGAUGGAAUAAAAGGACAAUUGUUUUAGCUAGACAUGCAGGACGUCGCGGAGGAGCUGCUUCGCAUCGGCGGCCUCUAAAUGCAGCUCCAUCUUCUUCUUCCGGAGGUCUUGGUUCGUCUGGAAAUAAUGAUCCGGAUAAAAAGAAGGAUAAAGGUAAUUACUUUUAAUUUAAUUUUAUUUGAAGUUUAGAUAAUUCUUAACAUAAAGGCCGACAGUCUCUAAUUUUAACUCAAUUUUAUAAUUAUUUUUUGAUCGAUCUUGUGAAGCCGUCUUUUGGUCUAGUAUAAUAUCAAGAAAACGUCUGUAUUUCCUGCUAGAUGAAACAGCUUUGACCAAUAUUUUGACCACAGAAACUUGGCAGUUUGCUAAUGCUUAUAUUGAAAUUUCAGACAAGUUUGACAUGAAUGAAAUGGUGAAACGUAUGAAAGAAGGCAAAGCGACAAGAGAGGACAUGGAAAGACUCGCUCGUCUUCAAAAGCUUUACAGUGAGUUUGGUCAUGGUAAUUAACGAGAGACUGUCACAAGGGAAUCAUUUUUGCCUAUCAUGGCUAUUUGAAAAAUUUUAUUUUUUUCCUUAUUUUAGAGAUGGAAGUAGAAACACGUGAAACGCAGCGAGUACUGGCCGCCAUCCGUAAAGCAAAUGUCGGUAAAGCGACGCCAGAGGACAUGAAAAUUAUUCGCGAUGGGCUGAUUAAUCGGUGUAAGUGCUUUAAUUUUUUUGUUUAUUGCUUUAGAGACGCGUAGAUGAUGAGUAUGAAAGAUGUCCUCAUUUUCAGUCAAACACCGACCUUUGGCGAAAAAACUGGCCCUUUUUGUCUUCGACAACUUCUUGGACUCCAAUGCGACUUAUAAGAAGGCCGAUGUUUCAAAAAUGCGAACCUCUGACGAUGACUUGAAAGAAGCGGAGAAACAAAAAGACGAGAAAAGAGACGACGAAGAAGACAAAAGAAAAAUUGAACAAGACGAGGACAGAAAGGAACUGUUUGAUAGAAUGAAGAAGGUCGCGGCAAUUUCUUUGUUGAUCUAUGGUCUGAUCAUUCUUCUUCAAGGUCCAGAUGCCAGCAAGAAUAAUAGCAUUCCUGACUGUUCAUGGAGCGACUUUAAGAGCAAAUUGAUGCCCACUGGACAAGUGAGUAACAUGAAAAACGAUUUUAAGACGAUUGUUUUGGAUUUUAGGGGUUUGUAGAGAGGCGCGGACAUCUUAUACGAUGAAAAAUGUUUUGUCGUAUAAAAUGUCACUUCGUUAAAAAUACUGCUUAUACAAGAAAGUGAAGUCAGAAGAACCUUUUUUCUUUCCAGGUAUCUAAAAUAGUCGUAUUCCCGGAGCGAGAAUUGGCCUUUGUUUAUCUCUAUCAAGGCUCCAAAGGUCUGGAUGGAAUCCCGUUGGACCCCACAUAUCGCCUCCAAAUUCCAUCGCUAAGCCGCUUCGAAAGAGAGGUCCGAGCCAUUGAGGAUGCGGUGGGACUACCGCCCGAACAUUGGACACAAAUCGAAUUCAAAAGAUUAGAGGGAAUCAACAACGUCCUGGUGACCGGAGUUUUGUUGGCCAUUGGACUGGGAAUCUACUUUUUGGUCAAGAAAUCCAAUUUUAAAAUAUCAGCACAGAGUGUAAGUGGAUUUUGAGACCGAAAAAGGUAUUUUUUAGCCAUUUAUGGGGUUGUGAAGACAAAUUUUGUCUAGUGUAAUAUAAAUUUUUUUCGUUUUGGUGUUAAUAUGAUCGAAUUUUCUGUUUUUAGUUGACCCAACAGUUCUCAAAGAGCAAAAUCAACAUUAUCGAUCCAAAGGCGCCCGAUGGAAAAGCCAAAUUGAAGAUCAAAUUCAAGGAUGUUGCUGGUCUGCAUGAAGCCAAAAUUGAAGUCAAUGAAUUUGUCGAUUACUUGAAGAACCCGCAAAAAUAUACGAAACUAGGAGCGAAACUACCGAAAGGAGCACUUUUGACUGGUAUGUGAAGCUUUUACAGACGUUUUUUAAAGAUUUUUUGGCGUAUAAACGUUUUAUCGUAUAAAAUGUCGCCCUACUGAGAUUGUGAAAACUUUCAGGUCCGCCUGGAUGUGGAAAGACCCUUCUGGCCAAGGCGUUGGCCGCCGAAUCGUCAGCGCCAUUCAUCUCGAUGAAUGGAACCGAAUUUAUCGAAAUGAUUGGAGGUUUAGGAGCCUCGAGGAUAAGAGACCUCUUCAAGGAGGCCAAAAGAAGGGCACCUUGUAUUGUCUACAUUGAUGAGAUCGAUGCAAUUGGAAGAAAGAGGAGCGAGGGAAACAGCAAGUAAGUAUUUUGUGAAUUUUGGGAUGCUCGGACAAUUUUAUACGAUGAAAGGUGUCUAAUGAAAAAAUUGGGGUUUUUGGAAGGUUGCUUGGAAAUUGUAGAGAAAAAAUAAAGUUUGGGAUACAACUGGACUUUAGGGAACAGAUUUUGAAUUUUUUUUCACAUUUGGAGACAUUUUAUACGAAGAAAAAAAUUUGCCCAGAAAAAAUUUUUAAUGCAAAAUGUUUAUUUUUUCAGCAUGGGCGGAGGUAAUGGAGAAGAAGAACAGACCCUAAAUCAGCUUCUCGUCGAGAUGGAUGGAAUGGACACAAAUCAGGGAGUUAUUUUGAUCGCUUCCACCAAUCGACCGGAUAUCUUGGAUAAGGCCCUCAUGAGACCGGGCCGCUUCGAUCGACACAUCUCCGUUGAUCUGCCGACUCUAAUCGAACGCAGAGAGCUCUUUGAUUUGUACCUAAAGCAAAUCAAAUUGAACAAACAACAUCCGGAACACUUGACCCAACGCCUGGCACAGAUGACCCCCGGCUUCUCCGGCGCCGACAUUGCCAACGUUUGCAAUGAAGCCGCAAUUCAUGCCGCUACGGGCUUGCAUAAACAGGUUGAAGUUGAGGAUCUGGACUUUGCUCUGCAGAAAAUCAUCGCUGGCCCAGAAAAACGGUCAAAGGUCCUUGUACAAGAGGAAAGAGAAGUCGUGGCGUGGCAUGAAAGCGGUCAUGCACUUGUAGGAUGGCUACUGGAACACACGGAUGCACUGUUGAAAGUUACAAUCAUCCCCAGAACUUCGGCCGCACUUGGCUUCGCACAGUACAACCCAAGAGAUAAAAAGUUGUAUAGCAAGGAGGAGGUAAGCAUCAUGCCCGUAAUUUUUGAAAUGGGGAUUGAAUAUGCUAUAAACUAUCGUGCACAACGAAAAUUUUGGAUUAGAUAUAGCUGGGCGACAUUUUAUACGAUAAAAUCUGAUUUGACGUUUUGGUCGUAUAAAAUGUCACCGUUUUUGAAAAUUUUUUUGUUAUUAUCAGUCUGCUGGAGCCAGAGCAAAUUAGGAGUUUCAUUUUUUGGAUAUUUUUUAUAUUGGCCGUUUUAUACGAUGGAAUAUGCCAAAUUGAGUUUGGACAUGUUUCAUCGUAUAAAAUGUCCGAAAAUGACGUAAGAUUGAUGAUUUUUUAUUUCCAGCUUUUCGAUCGAAUGUGUAUGAUGUUAGGAGGCCGCGCUGCUGAAAAUAUCACAUUUGGCAGAUGCACAACAGGUGCUCAGAACGACUUGGAGAAGGUCACUCAACAAGCCUACGCGCAGAUCAAACGAUACGGAUUUUCGACUCUGGUCGGACCACUUAGUUUUGCCUCAGAGCCAGGACAAGAACGUUCCGAACAGUUCCAGAGGAAGCCGUACAGUAAACAGUUGGGAAAUAUCAUGGAUUCGGAAGCCAGGGAACUGGUGAAACAGGCAUAUUAUACGACGGAAAAGCUCUUGAAUGACAAUAAGGAUAAGCUGGAUUUGGUAAGAGUAGUCUAUGCGCCAUAGGAGGUAAUGGUUGAGACAUUUUAUACGAAGAAACAUGUUUGCCUGGUUGGAAAUUUUUUGUCGUAUAAAAUGUCGCCGUUGAUGAAUUUUAAUACCAAUUUUUGGAUAAUAUGGGAUUAUGAUGGAUAUUUCGUGGUGAAUCAGGAAAUAUCCAUAAUGAGUGACAUUUUAUACGAUAAAAGAUGUUUUAUCGGCCAUAAAUGUUUUGUCGCAUAAAAUGUCGUUCGUAAAAGAUUAUCACUAUUACUUUGUAGCAAUGAAGGAUAAUGAAUCACUAUUUGUCUUCAGCUAGCCAAGACCCUCCUCAAGCAGGAAACCUUGUCAUACGAAGACGUCAAAAAACUCAUUGGACCUCCAACGUAUGGUGAUAAAAAUGUCGUCGAUCUGGCCGAUAUGAUCCUCCCAAAAGAUGAAGAUUAA